AUGUCAGGUAUUAAAGAAAAUCAAAGUUUGUCUGAUAAAGAAAAUUAAACUAUCCCAUAAAUUUUAAGUUAAAUGAAGUUUGAUGAAGAUAAAAAGUUAAUUUUACAAGACCAAAUAAAGAAAAUAGCAAAUGCAGACAAAGUUAUAAAAUAUCUUAAGGAAUGCAAUUAAAAUUGGGAAUAAUUAUAGAUACAAAUUCAGAAAGAGAUUACUAAUUGUAAAAAAUCUGAAUAAUAACAGAAAAUUUAAGAAAAAUCAUUCAAUAUUUAAGAGUUGAUGAAUAUCAAAAAAUAAUUAUAUUAAAAAAUAAAGAAUACUCUGGAAGUACAUUAAAUCAUCUAAUAUAUAUAAUCAAAAAAUUUAAGUAAAGAAGUUAUUAAUAAUGCUUUAACUAAAUAAUUUAAUUCGAUUAAAGAAUUUUAAUAAUUAAUUGAAAAUGUAAAUGUAGAAAACAAAGUUAACAUGUCAUAAUCAUUCUUUCAAAAAAAUAUUGAAAUCCAUAAGUAAAAUACUCUAGAGUGGAAUAUUUAAAUUUCAGAACUUUUUAAAGAAUUUGAAUCUCUAAAUAAGAGAGUUGAUUAAAAUAUCUUCUAAACACUAUAAUAAUUAUACAGAUAAUUUGGUUAUCCAAAAUAUUUUGAAAAAUCUGAUGACUUUUCUAAAAGUCCUUAAUUACAUUUUGGAGAUUUAUUACUUUUAUGUUCUAGAGUAAGAUAACAUUUUUCAUAUUAUCCAAGACCAGUUCAAUUAUUAUCAGUAUUAGAAUUAUUUAAUCAUCAUGAUUAAAAAGGACGUUUAGCUUAGAUAUAUACUGGAGAAGGUAAGACUUUAAUAAUAGCAAUGCUUGCUAUAUUAUUAUGUAAAAAGAAAAAGUAAAAUGUGGAUAUUGUUACUAGUUCUCCUGUCUUAGCUAUUAGAGAUGCUUAAGAAUUGGCUAAAUUUUAUGAAUUAUUUUAAAUAUCAGUAGCUCAUAACAUCCAUGAAUAAUAGGAGUAGAAAAAAAAUCAGAUUUCAUGUUAUGAGUGUUAAAUAAUAUACGGUGAUCCUCAUAGUUUCUAAGCUGAUAUAUUAAGACAUGAAUAUGCAGAAUCAGGAAUUAUGCUUGAGAGAAAAUAAGGAUAUAUUAUAGUUGAUGAAGUAGAUUCUAUGCUAAUUGAUGGAAAUAGUAAUAAAACAAUAUUAAGCUCAUCUAAUCCAGGAAUGCUAGAUUUAACAAAAGUUCUUAGAUUAAUUUGGGAUGAAAUUAGUAAAAUAGAGAACAAUAUUUCAACUGAUUUGAAAGUUAUUAUGGCAGUUGGAUAAGAUCAUUAUAGUAUAGACUUGUAAGAAUAUAUUGAAAACACAUUAAAUAUUUAAAUAAAUGAAGUCAUGAAAGCUUAUCUACCUAAAUUUAGACUAAAUUAUAUCAACUUUAUUAAAAAAUCUUGGAUUGAAAAUGCUAUAUAAGCUAAAUUUCAUUUACAUGAAAAGAAACAUUACCUUAUUGAUAAUUAAGUUAGAAUUAUUGAUUAUUAAAAUACAGGAGUGGUUCAUAAAGAUGGUAUGUAAUGGUAAAAAGGAUUACAUCAAUUCCUUUAAUUGAAACACAAUCUUCCUAUUACACCAUUAACAAUUAGUACAAACUUUUUGUCUAAUGUAGGUUUCUUUAAAAGAUAUAAAAAUACACUUUUAGGUCUUACAGGUACAUUAGGUUCAUAAAUUACACAGGAUUUAUUAGCUAAAUAAUACAAUGUUGACUUUGUUUUCAUGCCUCCUUAUAAAAAAAGACUAUUAAAAGAAGAACCUGGUAUAGCAACUCUUUCUAAGGAUGAAUGGUUUAAUGAGAUAUUAAAAGCAGUUUAGUAGCAGAAAAGUAAAGGGAGAGCUGUUUUAAUUAUCAAUCAAACAAUUGAUGAUGUUAAUAAAAUUGAAGCUCAUUUAAAAAAACAUAAUUUAGAUUCUAUUACAUAUGUUGAUGAUAAUUAGGAAAUAAAUAAAGAAAUUGGUCCUGGAACUAUUAUUAUUGCUACAAACUUAGCUGGAAGAGGAACUGACUUAACAACAAAUUAAGAAUUAGAAAAUAAUGGUGGUCUACAUGUGAUUAUGUCUUUUUUACCACGUAACAUCAGAAUCUAACUUUAAGGAUUUGGUAGAACAGCUAGAUAAGGUAAAUAAGGAACAGCCUAGCUUAUUGUUUAUUUCCAUUAAAAUCUAUAUAUCGGUCCAAUAAAAGAAAUUAAAACUGUUUUUGAUUCGAUGCUUUACUAUCAACUUCAUUCAUAAAAAUUAAAUCAUACAUAAUUGGAUAUACUCAUAUUCUUUAGAGAUUUAAAUGAGUAAUAAUAUUCAAAUGAAAUUGAAGAAAGGAUGAAUAAAUUAUUAAAUGAAGACAAAUGCUUUUAAAAGUUUUGUCAAAUUGCUAAAAGCUAAGCAAACAUAAAAACUGACAAGGCUGCUUUCAAAGCUCUAGAAGAAAAAUGGGGUCUUUAUUUAGAAGAACAUCAAGAUGAUGGAUUAAAUGAAAAUGAUAUUGAAGAAAAAUUGAAUUCUGAUGAAGCUUAAAAUCCAAAGUACUUAAUAUUAUAAGGAAUCUAAAAAGGAGAUAUAAAAUUAUUUAAUAAAGCAAGUGAGAUAGCUAUAAAUGAUCCUUAUUCAGAAUAUUAUAAAGGAUGUUAAUUAAUACGUUCAUCAAAAUAUGAAGAAGGAGUAUAAACAUUAAUAUAAUGUAAAUCCCUAUUUCAAAACAAAAUUGAUGAUGAAUUAGGUUUUGAAACAAUUUCUAAAUUAAGUAAAAUAUAAGAGAAUACUAAAUAAUAAGUAGAAUAAGAAUAAGAUUCUUAAUAAUCAGAGAUAAAGAUUUAAAAAGAAAACACUCAAAUGCCCUUGUUAAAAUUUUCAAGAGAAUAAGAAACUCAAAUUAAGCCAACCAAUCAAAAUAUUAAAGUAGAAAUAAAAUAAAUUGAAAGUGCUCAAGAAUAAAAAAUAAAAAAUCAUAUUAAAGUGUAUUAAAAAGCAAUAGAAAGUAUUGAUGAUAUCCUAAAUACCCUAUAAUCAAAGCUUGGUGAAGAUGAAAAGUUUUCAUUAGAUUGGAUACCUGUUAUUGAUUAUGAUGAAGUAAAUAAUCCUGAUUUAAAUUAAUGUAUUAAAGAUUAAUAAGAAGUUAUAGAAGAUGGACCAUUGCCUAAACUUGGAAAAUUAUAUAAAAUCAAAAAGAAAAAAGGUUUUUGGGAAUCUUUAGGGAUGUUUUUUCUAGGAGUAGUUUAAUUUGUAGUAGGAUGUGCUAUAUGUGUAUUUACUUGUGGAGCAGCCUUACCUAUAGGAAGGGUUUUAAUAGCUGAAGGAAUUUCAGACAUUAUGUUGGCAGUAAAGUCAAUUUGGAAAGGAAUUCCUAUUGAUUGGGGAGCUUGGGGUUAAAAUAAAGUUAUUAAAAUUGCAACAGCAUUAGGUUUAGCAGGACCAGGUGGUAUAUAAGAAGCUCUAUAACUUGGUGGUACAAUGAUGAAAUCCUUAAAGAAAGUUGGAAUCACUGAAGUAUUAAAAUAAAUUCCAGCUGUUACAUUUGAAGGAUUGGAAAAGUCAGGUUUUUGGUUAACCCAUCUGGAAAAGGUUAAUAUAGAAAAUUAAUAUAACACAUUGAAAUAAAUAUCAGAUAUUACAUAGAAUGCUCACACCUAAACAAGUAUCCUCAAUUUGGCAAAAUAAGUUUUAUGUGAAUAAUAAAGUUUAAAAAAUAUCAGUCAAGAAACAUCUUCUGAACUUUUUGAUUUGGUUAAACUAUGUAUUUAAUAGUCUUGUGGAGAUACAGUAGGAUUUAAAAAUAGCUUUUGUUAAAUGGCAUAAAAAUACAUUAAAUUAUAAAUAGCCAAAUGUAAAUAGGAUAAGGAUGUAGUGAAAAUCAAAGAUGAUUUAAUUGAGGUUUGUUCAAGAGAAAGUCAUAAAAGGUAUAAUAAUGUCAAAAAUGAAAUUCAACAAUAUAACUAAUAUAAAGAAGCCCUUAAAUAUGAAUUAUAAUGUUUCUCUAAUAUUAUUGUUGAUUGCUACUAAAGAGAUUAAGAAAUUCAAAAAUUAUUAUUCAUUCUUGAACUUUUUUAUGAAAAACAAUGUGAUCAAAAAAAAUUAAAAGAAGUUCUUACAAAUAAUGUAAUAUAGUCAAUGCUAAGAUAAGGUUUUAAUAUUCAUAAUAGGUAAGUUCAAAAGGCAUGUAAUUAACUAUAAUUAUCAAACCCUUAAUCAAUCAAAUAGUUUUAUUAAGCAUCAAUAAAACCUAGCCUUUAAUAAUUAUGCAAGGAUUUGAAUGUUAAAUAAUAUACAGAACCAAUAGAAAUAAUAUUAUUUAAUGAUUUUUUUAAUCAAGUUAAAGUUAAAGUUGAAUAAAUUAAGAAUAUGCGUAAUAACUUGGAUAUAUAACAUUAGAAUAUGGAGUCAUUAUUUGAAUAAAUUAAGGUUAGAUAAUUUGUAAAUUUUUUUGAUAGAGAAAGGGCUUUAGCGGUAUAAAUAUAAUUAUAUUAUUAGUAAAUUGAAAAUUAUAAAGCUUAAUUAGAAAAUUUUAAAAAAUAAGCCGAAUAAAUUUAGGAAUUGCAAAAUUUUAAUCAUGAGUACUAUUUGAAUGACAUCGUUUAAUAUAUGAAACGUUUAGGUUUAUUCAAUAAUAAUGAUAAUAACUUUUCCUUUUAACAUUAACAGGACCUUAGAAGAUACAUGAUGAAGAAAUAGAUUAGCUCAUUCUUAUCAGAUAUGAUCUUCUAAGCCUUUAGAAACAGUUUUAAUUAAAUUUCUAUUUUGAAAUACAAUAGAAAUUCGAUAAUAACAAACAAAUUAUUUUUAGCAAUUGAAGUUGAAAUAAUUGAUGAGAUUAAAAAGUAUCUUUAUGAAUCAAGAAUGUAAACCUUAGAAAAAAAGAUUGCUAAUUAAAUAUAUUGA